CACCCCGUCCGAGUCUUCCUCCUCUCCCCUUCCCCCUCCUCCUCUCGGCCAGCCACCACCAGCGCGGGCGACACGGCCAAGACACCUGGGGUGCAGCGACCCAAGCGAAGAAGCCAGAGCUAGGGUUUGCUCCAUCCAAACCCCGAGGUUCUGCUACCACAUUCUGCUACCAGAUUCUGCCUGUUGACACCCAUCAGCCCUGGCCAACUGGGAUGGACCUGGUGGGAUCGCUGCUGCUCAGCAUGGCUCGCUGGGUUGACCCGUCCGGCAUCGAGUUCUUCGGGUGGCUCAUUACCGCCGGCUCCGUCGGCCUCGCCGCGCUCAUCUACGGCCUCCUCAGGCUGCAGAAGGAGGCGUCGCUCUACUGGCUCAAGGCGGCCGCGAGGGAGAAGGAGGCCGCGUCCAAGGCGCUGCGCUGCCCCUGCUCGACGCACACAUGGAAGGAGGACUGCUUCCGCGGUGGCCAGCCUUCCACGUGCUGCGUCUGCCUCUCCUCGCUCGGCUCCGCUCAGGACGCUGACGUCGUUCACCGCUGCUCCGUGUGCGGGGUGGCGGCUCACUGCUACUGCUCGCGCGCCGCCGACAGGGACUGCAAAUGUGUCGCGCAGGCUGGCGCUUCCGCUCUGCUGCACCACUGGUCCGAGAGGUGGGUGGAGAUGGACGAUAACCCGCAGAUAUCCACCUUCUGUUACUACUGCGACGAGCCCUGUGGCGUGCCGUUCCUCGGCGUAUCUCCUAUAUGGCGCUGUCUCUGGUGCCAGAGGCAGAUCCAUGUCGAUUGUCAUGCCAAGCUAUUCAAGGAGACGGGGAACGCUUGCGAUCUUGGCUUGCUCAGGAGGCUUAUCGUACCACCUCUCUCGGUCAAGGAAGUUGGUCAAGCCCCGGCCAUCAGUGGAGUGUUCAACUCAAUCAAACAAGGCCUUGUCACCUCCACGGUUAGGGGUCGGAUUAGAAGGCCACGCAACAAGAAACGCAUCAACAAUCAGCCUGGUGCCAAGACAAAUCCGGUUUCCACAGACAGUUCAAUCCUUGACACGGUUCUUGAAGGAUUUGCUAGACUGCAGAACCUGAAUGGAAAGUAUACGCUUGCAAAGUCAACUGGAAAGCCUCCCAAGCAAAUACAUGGAUCUGACAUUCCUAAUGGAGAUGAAAAGAAGUACGAGCUUGUAGAUUUGCCCCAAGAUUCAAGGCCACUGCUUGUUUUCAUCAACAGCAAGAGUGGGGGCCGAAACGGGCCUUCUCUUAGGAGAAGACUCAACAUGCUGCUCAAUCCAAUACAGAUAUUUGAGCUAAGUGCUUCUCAGGGACCUGAAGUUGGAUUGCAAAUGUUCCACAAUGUAAAACACUUCAGAAUUCUUGUUUGUGGUGGGGAUGGAACUGUAGCAUGGGUUCUUGAUGCCAUAGAAAAACAGAACUACGAAUCUCCUCCCCCUGUUGCCAUUCUUCCGUUAGGAACAGGAAAUGACCUAUCCCGUGUUACACGCUGGGGUGGAGGUUUGUCUUCUGUUGAAGGACAAGGGGGCAUAUGUGCGCUUCUGAAUGACGUUGAUCACGCAGCCGUUACAGUGCUCGAUCGCUGGAAUGUAGCCAUCAAAGAGAAGAACGGAGCCGAAGGUCAAUGCACCAAGCAAGUAAAAUUUAUGACAAAUUAUCUAGGUAUUGGAUGCGAUGCCAAGGUUGCAUAUGACUUCCACACUAGCAGGGAAGAGAAGCCAGAUAAAUUUAGCAGUCAGUUUGUGAACAAACUGAUGUAUGCUAGAGAAGGCGCUAAGGAUAUGAUGGAUAGGUCAUGUUCUGAUUUACCAUGGCAUGUUAGCCUUGAAGUUGAUGGAAAGGAUAUUGAAAUUCCCGAGGAUACAGAAGGUGUGAUUGUUCUGAAUAUCGCUAGCUACAUGGGUGGUGUUGAUCUUUGGCAAAACGACAAUGAUCAUGAUGAUGAUUUCAGUUCACAAUCAAUGCAUGACAAAAUGCUUGAGGUGGUAUGUAUAUCUGGGACAUGGCAUCUAGGCAAACUGCAGGUAGGACUGUCAAGAGCACAUCGGCUAGCCCAAGGGAAAGUUAUAAGAUUUCACCUGCACAGUUCAUUCCCUGUUCAGGUUGAUGGUGAACCAUGGAUCCAGCCACCUGGGUGCCUUGAGAUAUCGCAUCGUGGACAGAUGUUCAUGUUGAGGAGGACAUCUGAAGAGCCCACGGGGCAUGCUGCGGCAAUCAUGAGUGAUGUUCUCGUGAACGCAGAGUGCAAUGGUGUCAUUGACGCCGCUCAGAAGAGAUUGCUCCUCCACGAGAUAGCCCUCCGUUUGUCCUCCUGACACUCCCCUCCCCUCAGAAACCUAACACCAUAUGUUCUGUUGAUACCAAACCUUUUUUGUGUCGAGAAGUCCCUUCGCACAGAUGAGAAAGGCAUACGGUAGAUGUUGAUGUAUGAAUAGAAGGUUUGCUGCGUUUAUGGUCGAUUGUACUCCAGAAUUUGGAUAGGUUGGUUGCUUCUUUGUUGGCUGGGCUCAUCUAAGGUGUCAGUUGUAGUGACUAUCAAGGUGAGAGAAGGAUACCAGUCCUGGCAGAGAGUUUUGUAGAGCUUAGAGCAACUGUAAUUGCACAUAGGUCUCAGUGAGGCAUUGGAACUGCAAAUAGGGCUCUUGUAACUACAGAGUGUCAAUGCCUUUUAGGAAAGGUAUAUAGCUGUAACCUGUAAGUUUAAUCGUGGUAACAUGUCACAACUCACAAGCAUUGUGGAUUUUUGUACUCCGGAUAGUGACUGAAAUUUUGGGGUGUGGUGUUCAA